UUUUCUUCUUUCUUUUUCCCUACAAACAAACACAACUAUCAGUGUCCAAUUUGCUCAACUUGCGUGGCCAACCCCAAGACGGCGAUACACACUCUCUCACAACUAUUUCUUCCUUCGAUCUCAUCGAUAAUUGCCGCAUAAGUAUCAGCUUCGCCGUGUAACUGUGGCGGUAGCAGGGCGUUAGAUUCAAAUAAGCGCGUUUCGCAAGAAUUUGUUGCUCUAAUAAGAAAAAGAGGAAAAGGGAUGGCACCGCCGGCGACAGAAGGUGGUGGUGGUGACGAUGGAGGAGGAGGAGGAGGAAGGCAACAGCAGCAGCAGCAGCAGCAGCAGCAGCAGGGUUUUGGACAGAUGCUGACGGGAAUUAUAAGAGUGGCAGUGUUUUGGUACUUUGCAUCCAAAUUCUUUGGACCUAAGAAAACCCCCACUCAAACCUCUAAUCAGAUCUCCAAUCUCUUCCACAAGGGUGAACCUCUGGAUAUGUGGUUGUACCUUUCAGAGCAGGAACAUUUUAAUGAUUUUGGCAGUGAAGGAUCACUUUUUUGGCAUGAGACAAAUAUACCUUAUGCUGUUUGGGGUCCAGACAGUACCAGGUCUAUAUCGUUGAAGUACUAUCCUUCUGAGGCUUUAAAGCACAAUGGGAGUCUUUAUGCUCAUGUUUUCUUUGCACGUUCUGGCUACCCACCAGAUCCCAACGAUCCUGAAUACCAGCCAUUCGCUGCCUUUGGGCGAACCCACCCUGUUGUAACCUAUUUUCCUAAGUCAAAAGCUGACAAAAGGAAGAGUCUGUUGGGGAAUUCAGAGGACACUCGUGGUGAUGAAAAUGUCUCUGAGGUAACUCAAGAUGAUCAAGUUGACAACAGAGAAGGUGGACCAGUUGAAUGGAUAUCACAUUGGAAACCAAAUAUUACAAUCAAUUUGGUUGAUGAUUUCACAAGAUAUUCCCAAAAUGCGGUUCCACCAAAUAUAGUGCCUUUCUUGAAUAUUGAGCCCACCACAGGAAAUUACUAUCCAACAGUCUUCUUCAAUGAGUUUUGGUUGCUUAGAGAUAAGUUAAUACCGUUAAAUGAAACAGUGAAUGAGUUGCAACUGCACUUAGAGGUGAGUCCCAUAAGCAUGACCAAGUGGCAACUAUUCCUGCAGAUUGAUCAAUCAUUCCAAAUUCACCGGAGCUAUGGAAGCAUGCUUGAAGGUGAAGCUGAUGAACUCAAGAGAGUUUUCCUAGAAGGAAAUCCUUAUCUUCUGGCCAUUACCAUGGUGGUUUCACUCCUACAUUCUGUGUUCGACUUCUUGGCUUUCAAGAAUGAUAUUCAGUUUUGGAAUAAAAAUAAGUCCAUGGAAGGACUCUCUGCCAAGUCAGUUAUUGUGAACUUUAUUUGUCAGCUCAUUGUCUUCCUCUACCUGCUUGACAAUGAGACUUCAUGGAUGAUACUUGCAAGCUCUGGCAUUGGUUGUUGUAUUGAGUUCUGGAAAAUAGGAAAAGCUAUGCACAUUGAGAUCGACAGGUCUGGUAGCAUACCGAUGUUGAGGUUCCGGGACCGGGAGUCAUAUGCUAAAAACAAGACAAAGGAAUACGAUGAUCUUGCUAUGAAGUAUCUUUCGUAUAUACUCUUCUUUCUUGUUGCCUGUUUCUCUCUGUACUCUUUGAAGUAUGAACGCCACAAGAGUUGGUAUUCUUUUAUUCUCUCAUCCCUUACAAGCUGCGUUUAUAAGCAUCACGUCGCUAUUUAUCUCACUGCCCUCUCUUUCUGUUUAUUAUGAGUAAGAUGCAAUGUUAAUCUUUGUAAACAUGGAUAUGAACUUUUUAUCAACUCUCAUUUGGAUCGAGUUUGGAGUUCAUCCUUGGCGGUAAACAUGACUUGCUAAAAAAGAUUCUCGAUUGGGGAUCAAAGAAUUUGUUUAUCAUGUAUUUUGUCAGAGUCCAUGCAAUUUGAGAAUCAGAUGCAUUAUAUUCUAAUCGAUAAUAGGUAGCGUCAGGAAAUUUAGCUACGUUUCAUUUUCUUUGCUGUAGGUUUUAUUAUGAUGUGCCCCCAGUUGUUCAUCAACUAUAAGCUGAAGUCUGUCGCCCAUUUACCUUGGAGGCAGAUGACCUACAAGUUUCUGAACACGAUUAUUGAUGAUCUCUUUGCAUUUGUAAUUAAAAUGCCAACACUACAUCGACUUUCUGUGUUCCGCGACGAUCUUAUAUUUUUGAUAUAUGUAUAUCAAAGAUGGGUCUAUCCUGUGGACAAGAAACGUGUGAAUGAGUUUGGUUUUGCCGCGGAAGAUGAUCAGGCUUCUACUUCUACUUCUACUUCUACUGAUGCAGCUGAACAAACAGAAGAUGAGAAGAAAACUAAUUAAGCUAUAGCUAGUUUAGAUGGAAAGAUCAAUAUUUUCCAACACAAGACAGUUAUAAAAUAUGGGCCGAACAGUCAUGUCAGUCUAGUAUUUUUUUUUUUUUUCCAGUUUGAAUAUUGUUUUGAUUCGUAACUACCGUGAUGUAAUCAAGAUAAUUUUAAAUUGCGUGGCUUUAUUAAGAAGACGCAGUGUUCAAUUGUGUUUAAAGUACUUUAAUGUGAUCACAGGACAAACUGACUUCUUAGAA